AUGGCGGUCGAUGUCGGUGCGGGACAAAUUGGAAGCUGGGUCAAGGUGGAUGACCAGCACUCCAGCACCGCAGUUCCGGCUCUGAUCUCUGCCAUCAAUGACGGUGGAGUGACGGUCAUCGCCCUGUGCUUGGAUGAGCCCGAGCCCUUCAGGCGCAUUCCGGGGCUCCCGGCCUCGGCUUUGAAGCCCUGCGAGCCUGGCGAGUCCGUGGAGCUUGGCGAUGCCUUCCUGCAACGUUUGAGAGCCCUUCCUGGCUCCACCGACCCGGCCAUUGCGGGAGCACAGGAAGCCUUGCUCCGCUGCGCCAGGGAGGCGCCUUCGUCAGCGCAAAGGGAGCUCCUCUUGAAGGCCUUGCUCGGGGCGGAGCGUGCCAUGGCCGCCUUGCGCAGCAAGCUGCGCCGCUGGGCCAGCGAGCCGCCCAAGCCACGUGUGGUGCGGGAAGAGCGGCAAGUGCCGCUGCACGUCGGCGGUGACCAGACUCCUCCAAGGAGGAGGCCCGCCACCUCCGCAGAAACGUGCGGAGCAGCGCCGUCAACACCGCCGAAGGAGGCCAAGAAGAGGGGCUGCCUCGCAGUCGAGCGCGGCCGUGGCGGGAGUGCCCCGUCGACGCCUCCGAAAGAGAAAAGGUUUCACAGCUCCCGAGCAGACUCUCGAGAGCUGCAAGCGGCGGUGAGCAAACACCUGAUACGUCACGGGCUACAAAUGCGAAAGGCUGACCUGCUUCAAGACCUGGCAAAAAGCUUUCAGAUUGACGUGAGAGACAUCGAAGAGAGCUUGGCGAGCCUGGACUGCUUGAACAAGGUCAUGAUCUGUGACGGGAUGGUGUAUGGACUCUGA